UGUCGUCACCGUUCCGGCACGUAGCCCGCGAGGAGUCAGGCCGCCAGCCAUGCCGGGACUGCUGCUGGGGGACGAGGCCCCCAACUUCGAGGCGGACACCACGCAGGGCCGCAUCCGCUUCCACGAUUUCCUGGGAGACUCAUGGGGCAUCCUCUUCUCUCAUCCCCGUGACUUCACUCCAGUCUGCACCACUGAGCUGGGUCGAGCAGCAAAGCUGGCCCCUGAGUUCAGAAAGCGAAAUGUUAAAAUGAUAGCCCUCUCUAUUGAUAAAGUCAGUGACCAUCUCGCCUGGAGUAAGGACAUCAAUGCUUACAACGGUGAUGAGCCCACAGAGGAGCUCCCCUUUCCCAUAAUUGCUGAUGCGAAGCGGGAACUUUCAAUCCAGUUGGGCAUGUUGGACCCAGACGAGCAGGACAAGGAGGGCCUGCCGCUGACGGCACGUGUGGUGUUUAUUUUCGGCCCAGAUAAGAAGCUGAAACUGUCAAUCCUCUACCCAGCAACCACUGGCAGAAACUUUGAUGAGAUCCUAAGAGUAGUGGAUUCCCUUCAGCUGACUGCAAAGAGCAAGGUUGCUACCCCAGUGGACUGGAAGCGUGGAGACAGUGUCAUGGUUAUUCCCAGCAUGCCAGAUGAUGAGGCCAGAAAGCUGUUUCCUGAAGGAGUCUUCACCAAGGAACUCCCCUCGGGCAAGAAGUAUCUCCGCUACACUCCGCAGCCUUAGAGCAUGUCACCGCCGCAGAGAUACCAGGCUGCCGAUCAUGGGGUUUUAGCAGAGCCCUUUGCCUUGGGGUGACCUGCAUGGGAUGGGGAGCACGCACAGAGGCUGCUCCAGGGAGUAGCUGUCAGAACAGUUAAACUGACAGCUGCUGUGCCUGGUGUUAGCUUCUCAGGGAACCUUUGGGGGGCUGGCUCAGAGCUGACUAGUGUCAUGGCAGAUGCUAGUUCUGAUAAGCCGUGUGAUCAGCAGCCUUGUAUUGUCUGCUUGAAAGCAGUUGGGCUGCAGCAGUACAAUCUGAAAUUCUUGAUCAUUCAUCCACUUGGUACUCGCCCCACACACCUUUAUAGCUAGAAAACUGAAAUGUCUCCUCCAGUGGGAACUGCUAAACAUGUGGAAGAAGAUGAUGGAUUUGUAAUAGUGCUGAAUGCUUGUUCUCUUGGGUCUCUCCUAUAUAAUAUUGGUGCUGAGGCAGAGUGGAAGAGGCUUCAAAAGGAAGAUCCCAUCCUCCAAUGAGAUACAUCACUCCAAGUAAUGAUUCACAAUGUGACAAAGAUUAUCAAAGUAGCUACAGCUGGGCUUUGCGAAUUGCUGAAUAAGCAGCCAGAAUUGGAUGGGGUGGUAGCUUAUGAAUUGUCCAAGCUGCCAUGUGCCUUUUAGAAUUCAAACUACUCUUAACUAACUUACUUUGACAAAAAGAACAAGAGUACUUGUGGCACCUUAGAGACUAACAAGUUUAUUUCAGCAUGAGCUUUCGUGAGCUACAGCUCACUUCUUCACAUCUGAAGCUGUAGCUCACGAAAGCUCAUGCUGAAAUAAACUUGUUAGUCUCUAAGGUGCCACAAGUACUCUUGUUCUUUUUGCGGAUACAGACUAACACGGCUGCUACACUGAAACCUGUCAUUACUUUAACAAGUUUGUUACCAAAGCUGAUGCUGCAUUAGAGGAGCUGUAGGCUCCUCUGUAGCUGCAUGGCUUUAUUACAGAUCUGUAUUUUUCGGGGAGGGGGUUGCCUAGAUAGUUGCCUGAUAUUUUUGCUUUCUUGGAGGGGGGGGGGGAGUUCAACCAAUAAAGCAGCACUUACCAGAA